AUGGAGUCCACAUCUUUAGAAAGUGAUUUAAAAAGUGAUAAGUUGAUCUCAGAGGAUUUAAAACGCAUGAAGAGUUGUGAUGAAAAUAAAAAGAAUAAAAAUAACGAACAAGAAAAAUGUCUGAAAGGCACCAUCAAUGAAAAUGGAACUCCUUCGAAAAAAUUCCAUUCUAUGUUGGAGCAGGAGGUUAUUCAAGACACCCUGCAACAUGAUGGUGUAUUUGCCAGUGAAAAUAGUGAGAAAAUGGGAGAUGAUAUCCCAGGAAAAGAGCACCUAGAUCCUCAUGUAUGGAAACCGCUGAUGUCCGACUUACUCCACAGUUUUCCCAGUCUUCAGGUUUCCACGCCAACCAAGGUGUUGUUCUCGGCAGACGGGAGUGCGUUCACGCCAGUGGGCACUCCAACUACCUCCAGAGUGCUGAGACCAGCAGUCAAGUCACCACUGACCACACAUGGGAAAUACUUCCCUGCUGUCACUGACUUUAGCAGUUCACCUUUCACAGCAGUGCAGCCAGCACAGCCGGGUUACUUCACCACUCUGUCACCAUACAAGACACAGGACGUCACCACUGUCUUCAACCCCCACCAGGGGGCUCCGUCACCAAGAUACUCCAGUCAGACAUCAGCCCAGUAUGUAUCUGCUCCAACCAACACAGUGACCAGUGGUGUGGUCAAGCGGUGUGGUCUGACUGUGGAUGAAGUGACACAGACCCCACCUUCCAUGUUGAAUAGAGUUUCUGACACUAGCUCAAGGAACAGUCAUUAUAAAGCCUCUGCUAGAAAUGAGAAAUCUGAUGGAUUGACAAAUGCAGGAUGUGGGUCAAUAGACACUGACUGUCAUUGUCAUUGUCGUGAGCAAUGUCAGUGUAGGACAGGUGGGAGAAUGAGCUUUGACAGUCUCAACAGUGACGGGCAAGAGUCACAACAUAACAGCACAGAUAGUUUGGAGAGUGGCCACCAAGGGGAGACACAUACCACAUCUGCCCAAGACAGCAGCAACACUAGGUGUGGACUUGACCUUCACCAAAAGGGGGAGCCACAAGAUUGUUUAAGCCAAGUCGGUGAGGAACUGAGGGACAGCCUGGAAAAUCACCAAGAAAGAAAUCUAAGCAUUGACAGUCUCGAUGGUAGAAAAGAUCAGAAUGAUCAGAUACAAAAGUCAGACAGUUCGCAGAGUAGCUUUGAGAUGGACAGUCUGGUGUCUCAGACCUCGUCCCAGGCAUCUAGUGAAGUGACUGCUGACAGGGCAGCACUGGACAGUGGACUGUUCAGCAGUGGAAGCUGCAGCAGCGUGGAGGAGAAUGUAAUGGUAGGAAAAGAUGAUAAAUUACAGACGGAAACUUUGAGUCCAUCUUUGAACCAGGCGUGCCAAGUUGCCUCUCCUAUAGGGACCUUGCUGUCCCCCCAGAGUGGGCGGUUGUGGGGGACCACUCUAGAAGAGAAGAAGGCCAAGCUGCAGCAGCUCAGGGAAGAGAAGGAGAGACUAGAGAAGAGGCUUGCACAAGGGGAACAGAAGAAAGUGUACCCCAAGUCUCCCUUGCCUAAAGUCAAAGCCAACAGUACCCAGCACCAGACAACUGUCUUGCCAAGAGCUGCCUGUGUUGGGAUGCCAGCCCUGGCAUUGACAGAGCGUGAGAUUGAUGCUGUGACCAAGCUGCACACACUGUGCAACAGCCAGCAGAUCUCUCAAGUGGUGGGCAAGCAAAAGACCAAGACUGUGGUGAAACACUAUCCUGUCCGUGAGUCCAGCAGGGUCCAGUGGCUGGAGGACCUUGUGGUCAGUCCUGUCAUUCACAGCCCCAGUUCUGCUGACCAGAAACAAGCCAGGCCCAUUCUAACCCAGAAAUCGUUUCAGAAGACAGUUGCCCCAGCCCAGCACAAUGCCACAGAUCAUUCCUCGCCAAUAGUGGUUUCUAGGCUGCGAAGGACUAACACUUUGGGAAAAUCUGAAAUAUAA